AUGGCCGAACCGCUUUCUAUCGGUGCUUCAGUAGUUGGAUUGAUAUCGACAGCUACGCAGGUUUCAUUAGUUAUACUCGACUUCGUUAAUAACGUCAAGGACGCACCAAUUUUUGCUCGGCAUGUUAUGAGUGAGGUUUAUGCCAUCAAGGCCGUAAUAUCCACUCUUCAGGGAUAUCUCUGGGGUGAGACGAGUACCACCGGCUCUCAAGAAUCCAUGAUCCUCGUGGAGCACUUAGCUGUCAUCUUGACUGCAUGUGUGUUUACUUUCGUCGAACUUGAGAAGGAGGCUAGCGCUCUGAAAUCAAGUUACAACAUGAAGAUAUUAGAACGGGCGAAAUGGGCACGUAAGAAGAGUACUUUCACACAAAUCUUUACAUGUUUGCAGAACCACAAGAAUUCAUUGAAUUUGAUUUUAGCUAUACUGCAAAGUCAAAAUAAUGCACAAGCCGAGGGAAAUUCGGGCAAGCUCUGCGCAUCCCUCGAUAAGAUAUUGAACACCCAGAGGGACAUCCUCAAACGGCUCGAACGAUUUGAAACUAGAGUGAACUCAGUAGGAUCAAACCUAGUGGCCAGAGAGAAUGAUCUAGAUACAGCGUCUUUAUAUUCAUUUCGAAGUACGAUAAGCCGCGAAACCGUUGGAACCAUGGUUUCCAAGUUUAGGUUUUCUUUCGAUAGUACUCUAAAGAUUUCCAGGGUUUAUCAACGGGCGAAUUCCAGAUAUCCGAUAUUCCUCUCAACAGACUCCAAGACGAGCACAAUUGCAGCACAGAGCAUGGGAUGGUCCUUUAUGUCAGGGCUGAGCAUUUCCGAUAUAUCACAGGUGUCAGUUUUGGGUCUACCAAUAUACCCACUCGACAUGCCCAACAACCAAUAUUACACCUUCGGUUGUGAAAUACCACGCUCUGCAGCUUCAAAGAAAGGCAAUCCUCGACGACUACCGUUGCACUUUGCCGCGGAAGAUGGGAAUAAAUAUAUGGUUAAAUUAUUGCUUGAUAACGGAGCGGACAUCUCAGCAGCUGAUUCUACCGGGAUGACAGCCAUACACAUAGCAGCAGGAAAUGGGCACAAGGAUGUGGUUCAACCUUUACUCGAAAACGGAGCAGACACCUCAACAAUGGAUACAUCCGGGUCAACGGCAUUACAUGUAGCAGCAGAAUAUGGGUACGAACGUACAGCUUUAUUACUACUCAAUAACGGGGCCGAUCUCUCUGCAGAGACAACCCCUAGCAAAUGGGUAGCAUUGCACAUAGCGGCAGAACGUGGGCACGAAAGUGUAGUUCGAUUAUUACUCGAUAACGGGGUAAAUACGUCAGUAGUUACAAAGCCUAAUGGAUGGACACCUUUGCACCUAGCAGUGAAAAAUGGGCGAAAGGAUGUGGCUCGACUUCUUCUCAGUAAAGGGGCAGAUAUCUCAGCAGUAACGAACGAUGAUCAUCUCACAGCGUUAGAGCUAGCAUUUCUAUAUGAAUAUGAUGAUAUUGCCAAGAUGCUAUCCUCUAAACCCAAGGAAGACGUACUAUCGAAUCGAGACUGGACUAGAAGUGCUGUUUACAAGGAGACUAUGAAUAUCCCUAAGGAUUAUCGCGGGCCAACUAUUUACUACGGAACCCAAUUGAGCUCUCUUAAAAAUCACCCUCCAGCAGUUAGAACGUUCCCUGUAGACACGAGUAACUGGGCAGUGACUUACGGUGCUUCUUCAAUAUCGUGA